AUGGAUGAAGCUUUAUUAAAAUUGUUAGCAGAUCAGACACUUGCUCUGCAAGAAUUGACUAAAAUAGUUGUCGCUAACAAACUCGACGGUGAUGCAAUACAUGCUAAUAAUGCUCAACGAUCAAUGGAUUUAUUGGCAAACUCACUCACCGAUUACAUGCAUGAACCUCAAAGCAAAUUCACGUUCACAACAUGGUAUGAUCGACACGAGGACGUGUUUUUGGUUGAUGCGAAAAAUCUUGAUGAUGCAGCAAAAGUGCGACUGUUAUUGCGAUUUUGUAAUUAUGCCCAACCGAAAAAGCAGAAUUCAAGUCAAACAAAUUCUUCGGAUAAACGCACCAAAGUGAUUGCUGUUUCGAAAGUGGAUUUUGCUGCGAAGAGAAAAUUCAUUGUUAUCCACAUCAAUGGAACACCGAUACGUCUACAAGUGGAUACAGCAUCUGACGUCACCAUUAUUUCACGUGACAACUAUGUGCUAUUGGGUCAACCACCAGCGGUUGAAUGUAUCGAAUAUGCUCAAAAUGCAUCUGGUGAUCCUCUGUCGUUACAACUCGAGUUCGAUUGCAAAAUUUCCUUUAACAACGUUGAUACAGCCGGCGUAUGUUAUGUGACAGAUGUACCUGACUUGAACGUUAUUGGCAACGAUUGGCUAGAUUUGUUUGGAUUAUUCGACGUUCCGUUGAAUGCUGUUUGCAGUCAAAUAACCAAGACAUCAAAUCCUGUCAAUACACACGACUUUAUGGUGAACUUCAAGCAAAGAUUUUCAUCAGUGUUCAGUUCGACUCUGGGCAAAUGCACUAAAACCCAAGUCACAUUACGUCUCAAACCUGAGGCACAACCAGUUUUCCGUCCGAAACGUCCAGUUGCAUAUGCUGCUGUUCCAAUAGUUGACGCCGAACUGGAUCGUUUGCAAGAAAUGGAUGUUCUUAGUCCCAUUUCGUAUUCCGAAUGGGCUGCUCCAAUUGUUACAACCAAGAAACCUAAUGGAUCCAUACGUUUAUGCGCCGAUUUUGCUACUGGUCUGAACGAUGCAUUGGAAACGUACCAUUAUCCAUUACCAACGCCGGAUUCGAUUUUUGCUACAUUGAAUGGCGGAAAGUAUUACUCAAAAAUCGAUUUUGCUGAUGCUUACUUCCAGUUAGUGGUGGACGAGUCAUCCAAGAAAUAUAUCACCAUAAAUACGCAUCGUGGUCUAUUUCAAUUCAAUCGUUUACCGUUUGGAGUUAAAGUCGCUUCUGCGGUUUUUCAACAAAUCAUUGACGCGAUGAUUGCGGGUUUGGACCGAACUUGUGGAUAUCAGGACGAUAUCACCGUAAAUGGACGUACGAUCGAGGAACACAACCGAAAUUUGAUUGCAUUGUUCGAACGAAUCAAAGAGUGGGGUUUCAACAUACGCCAUCACAAGUAUGAACACGGUCGUCGACCGAAUACAGCCAAAGUUCAAGCUAUUGUUGAUAUGCCUGAGCCACAUGAUGUUACAACAGUCAAAUCGUUCUUGGGCAUGAUAAAUUAUUACUCCAAGUUCGUCAAAGAGAUGAAAGAUCUACGUUUUCCAUUGGAUCGUUUGCUAUGCAAGGACGUAAAAUUUGAAUGGACUGACGAGUGUCGCGAAGCUUUCAAUAAAGCGAAGGAAAUUUUAUUAUCCGAUUUGCUGUUGGCUCAUUAUGAUCCCAAUGUGCCGAUUAGAGUUGCAGCUGAUGCAUCGAUUCAUGGGCUUGGUGCUGUUAUUUUUCAUCGAUAUGACGACGGUUCAGAGAAAGCUAUCGAACAUGCAUCACGAAGUCUUUCUCCUGCUGAGAAAAACUACGGUCAAAUCGAAAAGGAAGCGUUGUCAUUGGUAUUCGCUGUUCAGAAAUUCCACAAAAUGAUUUGGGGACGAAAAUUUGUCUUGGAAACCGACCACAAACCAUUGCUCGCUGUAUUUGGUGCAAAGAAGGGCAUUCCGGUCCAUUCAUCGAGCCGUCUACAGCGAUGGGCGAUUUCAUUGAUGUCAUACGAUUUCGUUGUUGAACAUAAGAACACCGAAAAUUUCGGACAUGCAGAUGCACUGUCUCGACUUAUUGCUAAUCAUCAAUCGCCAUUGGAACCGAUCAUCAUUUCAUCAAUUCGCAUUCUGGAGGAUUCAAUCAAUCGAAUUUUGGUCGAUGCAAUCCGUGUGCUACCUGUCACUGCUGAAAUGAUUGCACACGCAACGAAAAAUGACGAGUUACUUGCAUCCGUGAGUACAUAUUUGAAGUCGACUUGGCCUUCACAUAUUGACAAUGACGUACUGAAGAUAUUUUACAAUCGACGUGAAUCGUUAUGCGAAUUGGACGAUUGUUUGUUAUUCAAUGAUCGGGUUGUAAUUCCGUUAUCGUUACAGAAUGAAAUUUUACAACAACUUCACGUUGCUCAUCCUGGCAUUGUUCGAAUGAAAGCUUUAGCUCGCAGUUACGUAUACUGGCCAAACAUUGACAAAGACAUCACCGAAUAUGUGCAACGUUGUUCACGUUGUGCAAGUACAGCAAAAACACCGGUUAAGGCAACGUUAUCGUCAUGGCCCAAGUCAUCGCAUGUCUGGUCUCGUGUGCAUAUUGAUUUUGCUGGAGAGUUUCAAGGACACUACUAUUUUGUCAUCGUAGAUUCCUAUUCCAAGUGGCCAGAAAUUUUCAUUAUGAACACAUUACAUCUGCUGCAGCGAUUUCUAAAUUACAAGAACUUAACGCACGUUUUGGCAAUAUGUCGAUUCUUGUUUCCGAUAAUGGUCCUGCGUUCAUCUCUGUUGAAUUCGACGAAUUUUUCAAAUGGUCAGGCCGAACGAUUUGUCGAUACAUUCAAGCGGGCACUCAAAAAAGCAAAAGGGGAGGAACGUGUACCUGACGUUCUACAGACAUUUCUUCAGCGUUAUCGGAUGACGCCAAACGCUCAAUUACCGAACAAUUGCAGUCCAGCCGAAGUUAUGUUUGGACGAAAAAUGAAUUCAGUUCUAGAUUUGGUGAAACCGAGAUUGAAAUUUGAUGUUAUUCGUGAUGUCAAAAUGGAAGACCAAUUCAACACUAAACAUGGAGCAAAGCAUCGAAUUUUCUAUCCGAAUCAGAAAAUUUAUGUACGAGAUUUCCGUGAGAGGAAAAUUGUAUGGUCACCAGCCGUGAUCAUCGAACGAGUCGGCAAUGUGGUAUACAACGUUGAAUGCGAUGGAAUCAUAUGGCGUCGUCAUGCAAAUCAAAUUCGUGUCCGAUACGAAUAUGAGGAUGAGCAGUCUGAUCCAGUGUUAAGUUUGUUGUACGAUGUAUUUGAAACGACACCAUUACCAGUCAUCAUUCAGCAACCUGAAGUAUCACAAAGUACACCACAGCCGAACGAAACAUUUUCAACCAUUCCAACAAUUCCAGCCCGACCACAACGUGACCGCCGUCAAGUUGUUCGUACCGAUUUUUCACGUUGCGUCAAGGGGAGAUAUUUGGAUCUUUAA